AUGGCUACAGCCGCGCCGCCCUCCACCCAGGUCCUCGGCUCACUUGCACCGUCCAUCUCCGCCGCACCCUCUCCCUGGCAACCUUCGACACUCGACGAACCGCCUGCGCCGCCGCCUCCUGACACACGAGAGGAGCAGCUUGCACAGCUCGCCGCGCAGGAGAAACUCGGACACGACGGGAAGCGGCAGCGCGUGAGGGCGAGGCGGACAGUCGACCCGUACGGAGGUAUCGAGCGGUGGAAGAUCUACAAAAGCGUCCGAGCAUCCCAGCACGACCAGCUUUUCAUCCGCACCCAACCCAGCUACCUGAUUGACCUCCUCCCGCCCCAAGCAUACCCGAACUUCUCCACCUCCUUCUGCACUCGCUAUGCCCACACCUCGACGAACAAGCUUCGCUGCCCAGUGAAUAUCGUCACAGUCAGUCGCGUCUCCUAUGCUACGGCUCUCUUUACGCCUGAUGCGCGACGCAUUCUCACUGGCUCGACGAGCGGCGAGUUCACGCUGUGGAAUGGCUUGACAUUCAACUUCGAGACGAUUCUGCAGGCCCACGACUCUGCCGUCCGCGCCCUCUCCUGGUCGCAUUCCGGUCAAUGGCUCCUCUCCGCCGACAACGCAGGCGUGAUCAAGUACUUCCAGCAGAACAUGAACAACCUCCAGAUCUUCCAGGGUCACAACGAGGCGAUUCGAGAUGCGAGUUGGGCGCCGAACGACGAGCGCUUCGUCACGGGCGCGGAUGACGGCGUUAUCAAGGUAUGGAACUUUGAGCGGAUGAAGGAAGAGCGGGUCUUGACGGGUCACGGCUGGGACGUCAAGUGUGUCAAAUGGCAUCCGACGAAGGGUCUACUCGCUUCCGGCUCGAAGGACAACCUCGUCAAGUUCUGGGAUCCGCGAACCGCGACCGUCUUGACAACGCUCCACGGCCACAAGAACACGAUCCAAGCUCUGGCAUGGAGCCCGAACGGCAACAUGGUCGCGACGGCGUCGAGGGACCAGCUCGUCAAGGUGUACGACAUCCGAGCGAUGAAGGAGUUUGCGACGCUGCGGGGCCACAAGAAGGAGGUUUGCUCCGUCGCCUGGCACCCGAUCCACCACGACCUCCUCGUCUCGGGCGGCUCGGAAGGCUCGAUCAUCCAUUGGUCCCUCCCCGACCCCGCGCCCAAAGAAUCCCUCGAAUUCGCUCACGACUCGAACGUCUGGUCGCUCGCCUACCACCCUCUCGGCCACCUCCUCGUCAGCGCCUCAAACGACCACACGACACGGUUCUGGAGUCGCUCGAGGCCGGGGAUGCGGACUAAGGGCGAUAGGUUUCAUGUUGGGAAGGAGAGGGCCGAGAUGGGCGAUGAGGAUGAGGAUGACCGAAGGGGAGGAGGAGGGAUGGGCGGUCAGGGGUUCUUGCCGGGGUUGCAGCACCAGCAGCGUGGGUUUGCGGGCGCGAUGCCGAAUUUUGGGCGAGGAGGGGGAGGGGGAGCAGAAGGCGAGCGACCGCCGUUGCCGGGGAUGGGGAUGGGCGGUCCGCCUCCUGGCAUGGGAGGUCCUCCACCCGGUAUGGGCGGCGGCGGAGGAGGAGGUGGGUUGCCUGGCAUGGGCAUGGGUCGACCACCGCUCCCUCCUCCGCCUGGGAUGGGCGUGGGCGGCGCACCGGGCUCAGCGAUUCCCGGUUUCGGUCGCGCACCUCAGCAUGGACAGGGACCGCCGCAAGGAUACGGAGGGUACGACGGCCAGCAGCAGCAGCAAGGAGGACGGGCGCCGCUUCCGCCUGGGUACGGCGACUUUGGCGGUAGCGGAGGAGGAGGCGGAGGCGGAGGAGGCGGGAUGCGAAGGAACGGACCGCUGCCGAGUCAGCAGGAGAGUCUUGAUCGGUACUCGAGCGGUGGUGGCGGCGGGCAGGGUCGGUGGGGAGGAGGAGGCGGCGGCCGGUAUUGA